AUGUGGAACGCAAUGCUUCCAGACUACACCAUCCGGCUUGAGGAUCACUCCUUCGACAACCGCUACUGUAGCCUCUACGGGACUUGUUCGUCUGACGGGCGCUUUGCCUGGCUAGGAGAACAUCUUCGUGGGACUUUGGUGCGGACCUGUGGCGGAUUGUACCUCAAAGGCUUCAAGGACAUUGAACAACUGGCUGAGCAACUUUUUGAUUUGGUGGUCCAAGGCCCAGACUCUCCAGCGUCGCGAGCAGAUGUUUUGCUGUGUACACACCCUCCGUAUUCUUGCCGGCUCUUCAUGCCUUUCGUGGAACGGCUUGGGCUGCCCCUAUUGGGUUUCUUUGGAGGGACACUAGAGGCUCAUGUUCCUGAAGAGGGAAUUGAAGCUUGGCUGGAAGACUUUUACAUGAUGGCCAAAAACCCUUUGGUGCAAUUUGCGGCUAUCGCUCCUUUCCUAGCAGAAAAGAUGCGAUACCAAUCCGGUGCUGAGAUACCAGCUGUGCGCGGCUUUGGAUUUCAUGUGAUAGAGCAGGGUGGAACAUACAUGCCCAGGAGAUGGUCAGAAGUUCUUGUCUGGAAAGGGAGUAGUGAAUGCGAGGACAACAAGGAGGCAUUCAGUGAGCUCAUUGCUAGCGUCUCAAAGGCGGCAGAAGGUCCAGAAGGCACUCUUCAGUUUGUCCAUCUUCAUGCAUUGCGGAAGGCGGAUGGGGCUACUUAUUCGAGUAUCGCAUCUUUCCGAGCGGUGGUCUUUGUGCCAUACGAGGUGCUUCUGAUGACAUUCUACGAGCUCUACCAUGUUGCCAUACCGCUUUUUAUUCCCGUGAAGGAGCUUGCAGCUUUCUUCAUGUACCGUGGUCCUGUGACCUUUCCUCACUGCAACAUGGUGCGCCAUUCUGAGCCUGACAAAGAUGCAGGAUAUGGUUUGCAUCAUGGGGAAGAAAAGCAACCGGAAUAUCCAUACUCACCUUUUGACAGAGCGAAUGUCACUGCUAGGCUUGCAUGGAUCGAGGCGUACACAGACUGGUAUCUGUGGCCUCAUAUCGUGCAAUACAGCUCUGUAGCCAAUCUCGUGCAGAAACUCCAUUCGACAGAUUUUCAGGCUGUGAGUGCAGCCAUGCGAUCUGAAACUGAGAAAGCUGCAAGCAGCGCAUCACUUUUCUGGAGGGCGGCCUUUGAAAAGGUCCUCUCUGCAGCAGGGAGCAGUCCUCUACGUAGGGAUGGAUCAGAGGCACAGGCACGAAAGGAUGUUUCUCUUCUGAAGUGA